AUGGCUCAGGCUGUCGGCAGCGCCGAUGCCACCACUGAGGCGCCACUCCUGCUCUCGUCGACGCUGGGGACGCCGCCGCCGCUGCUAGCAGGUGCACGUGCACCCCGCCGGAACAGGUUCGCCUUCGUCUGCGCCACGCUCGCCUCCGUCACCACCAUGCUACAUGGCUACAACCUGACGCUCAUGAGCGGCGCGGAGCUGUUCAUGCGGGAGGACGUGGGGCUAACCGACGCCGAGGUCGAGGUGCUGGCGGGGUCCAUGAACGUCUUCAUGCUCGCGUCCAUCCUCGCCGCCGGCUGGGUGGCCGACCACCUGGGCCGCCGCCGCACCCUCGUGCUCGCCAACGCCUUCUUCAUGGCCGGCGCGCUCGCCAUGUCGCUGGGCACCAGCUUCGCCGCGCUCAUGGCGGCGCGCUUCGUCACCAGCGUCGGCUCCGGGUUCGCCCGCGUCGUCGCCCCCGUGUACAACGCCGAGAUAUCGCCGCCGUCCACGCGUGGCGUCCUCUCAUCUAUGCUUGACAUGUUCAUCAACGUCGGCAUCCUGCUCAGCUACGUGUCCAACUACGCGUUCUCCGGCCUGCCGGUGCACCUCGGGUGGCGCGUCAUGUACGGGAUCGGCGUCAUCCCGCCCGUGUUCAUCGCCGCCGGGGUGCUCUUCAUGCCGGAGUCACCGUGGUGGCUCGCGAUGCAGGGCCGACACGGCGACGCGCGCGCGGUGCUCAUGCGCACGUCGGAUACCCCGGCCGACGCCGACCUCCAGCUCCGGGAGAUCAAGCGAGCCGUCGCUGACGCUGAGCCACCACCCGCUGCCGCACGCCACAGCGGCGGUGCUGGUGUCUGGAAGCAGCUCCUCGUCCGGCGGCCAUCGACAAGCGUGCGGCGGAUCCUCACGUGCGUUCUCGGGCUGCAUUUCUUCGUGCAGGCGUCCGGCGUCGACGCCAUCCUCCUCUACAGCCCGCUGGUUUUCAAGGCGGUCGGCAUGGCGUCCAACUCCGCCAUCCUCGGUGCCACCGUGGCCAUUGGAGCGGUGAAGACGUGCUUCAUCCUCGUGGGCAUGCUCUUCACCGACCGCCUCGGCCGGCGCCCGCUCCUCCUCGCCAGCACCGCGGGAGUCGCCACGACGGCCACCGCCCUCGGCGUGACGCUGUACAUAGGCACGAGCACGACGUCGUCAUCACCGGCGACGGCCGCGGCGUGCCUGGCGUCGGUGCUGGCCGUCGUGGCCACGUACUCGAUCGGGUACGGGUCGGUGGUGUCGGCGUACAGCGCGGAGGUCUUGCCGCUGCGGCUCCGCGCACAGGGCUCGAGCCUGGCCAUGGCGGUGAACAGGCUCACGUGCGGGGUGGUGAGCAUGACGUUCAUCUCGCUCGCCGACGGGAUCACCAUGCCUGGGUGCUUCUUCCUCUACGCUGCGGUGACUGCGGCUGCGUUUGUGUUUGUGUACGUGCGGCUGCCGGAGACCAAGGGCCGGAGCCUAGAGGACAUGGAAGUGCUCUUCCACAAUUGA